CAAAAAGACACAAUGAAAUGUUAUUUUUGUGGGAUCACGUUCUUUUCAAAAAACGGUGUAUUCACGUGUACAGUAUCAGGCAGCGUCUCACUCACCGACAAGCUCCCACGGCAACCGCUCAUAAUUUACUGUGAAGGAGAGAGAAAAGCUGCAACGCAGAGAUGAAUUAUAUCAGUUACUUCAGCAAUGCAUCAAAGAAGCAGACGAUGCCAUUCCUCAUCAAAACCAGGACGGAACUCGGGGAUAUGAAAACAAUCAUGAAUUUAGCUUCAGGAUUGCCGAAUCCAGAAUUCUUUCCCCUCAGGGAGGCGACAUUCUCUCUCAAAGAUGGUAAAGUCAUACAUGUACCGCAGGAUCUGAUUAACGUGGCUUUGCAAUACGGGUCUCCUGCCGGAAUGCCCCAGUUAGUGGAUCAACUGAUGACAAUGACUGCGGAGUUAUUGGCGCCUCCACACAUGGACGGGCGAAAGGUGUUGGUGACAGCGGGGGCAAAUGUUGCAAGUUACAUUAUAGCACAAACCUUUAUCGAUCCUGGCGACUAUGCAUUUAUUCCAGAAAUGGCCUACCCGCAUAUCCAUCACGUAUUUAAAGAUGCCGAAGCGAGGAUUGUGCCUGUCCCUAGUGACGAUGGCGGCAUACGACCUGACAUGCUGAGGGAAGCCCUGGAGAAGAGUUCCGAUGGCCGCCGCAAGCUAAUGUAUAUAGUACCGCAUGGAGAUAACCCUACUGGCAUCACUAUGAGCGAAAACAGAAUGCGGGAACUCUACAGCUUGGCGUGCGAAUAUGACUUUCUCAUCAUGGAGGAUGACCCAUACUACUUCCUGCAAUAUGAUCCCCAGGUCAGUUCAUCUUUCCUGAGCCUGGACACAGAGGGGCGAGUGCUACGUGUGGACACAUUCUCUAAAACUAUAGGAGCUGGUGUGCGGCUCGGCUACAUAACGGCUGAUCAACCCUUCGUGGACAAAUUAACGACAAUGCAUUCAUUUAUUAUGACUCAUGCUUCACCCUUCUCCCAGGUUUUCGUUUCUGAGCUCUUACGCUGUUUGGGCCACGAGGGUUUCAUAGAGAUGGCCAAGAGCAACGCCAAGAAGUAUAAACAAUUACGUGAUGUGGUAUUGCAAGCAGCCACCAAACACUUGACUGGUCUGUGCGAGUGGAGGGUGCCAAACGGAAUGUUCUUGUGGUUGAAGGUUCUGGGACUCAAAGAUGUGACCGAGACGGUAAACGUGUGUUGCUCUAAGGGCCUAUUAUUUGUGCCAGGAUGCCAGUUCAUGGUUGAUUCAACUCAACCUUGCCCAUACAUCAGAAUGAGCUUCUCCCUGAUAACCCCAGAGUCAGUAGACAAGGUAUUCCAGAUUCUAGCAGAUGUCAUCCGGGAGGAACUGAAGAGGACUACAUCAGGAAACUGACUCAAAUCACUAUUCAGUUCAAUGAUUGAUUAACUUCAAUUAACUUCAAGCAAUCACAUACACAACUGUACACAUGUAAUAGUAUAACAAAGUAUUAGUUUGUGGAAGCAGAUCUUAAUUAAUAGUAACAAAGUAUUAGUAUGUGUAAGAUCUUAAUUAAUAAUCUUGAUAAAGGCAUUUCUCAGGAAACUGCAGCACUUUUCACAAAACAAGUCUAUUGGAUAUCUUUGUAGAAAUAAAGGGAACAAACAAGCUUCACACACACACACACACACACACACACACACACACACACACCUUUAGGAUUAAUGUUAAGUAUUUCCCCACCCCCCUCUGUACAUUUUCAGUUUUUUAACUGCCUAAAUGAUAAACCGUUUAUUAUUAUUGUUAUUAUAUUAUUAUUAUUAUUAUUACACAUACAGCAAAGCAAAUGGGCAAGCCUCUUAAUGUGUAGCCCUGUUCACCUACCAGCAAGUAGGUAUGGGAUGUAAGCGAUGUAACCUGAGGAGCUGUAACCUUGCUGUCCCAGUGUGUAAGUGGUCUCAGUCCUACCCAAAGAUCAGCCACUAUGAGCUCUGAGCUCUUUCCGUAGGGUAACAGCUGGCUUGGGUGACCAGCAGACGUCUGUAGGUGAAUCACACACACACACUUUCCAAGACUAAAUAAUGGUAAAUAAAACACCCAUGUAUCAAAA